GCCUAGUACAAAGUGACUAAAUGAGUCUAGCCCGGUGCCUGGUAGUGGAUAAAGCCUCGGUUUCUUAUUCUUCCUUACAGUCUUAGUAUCAAGUCUUACUCCACACUCCACCUCUGAUUUCCAUAUCCACAAACAUUGAGACGAAUUGAGCUUUCCUUCCCAUGAGUGUCACCGAGGUCCAUUUGCGACCGGCUGUGUCGCUAGACCUUCCAUACAUCGCGGAAGUGGCUGCGAAGUCCAUGCUGGACGAUGAACUAUUUGCCUUUCUCUGCCCUCGUCGUAGAGAAUUCUAUUCCGACUAUCGUCAGGCUUUCCUGCGACGACUACGGACCAAGUUGAGAACGCCUGGCUGGGUGAUAAUUGUCGCCGUAGCCAAUUCUGCAACAGAUACCGUCGAUGCAGAGUCUGGCCCUAUUGUUGGUUACUGUGUCUGGGAACGAAUCGGGGAAACAGCGGAAGAAUCUACCAGACAUUGGAAAGAAACACAACGUGAGGGUUGGUGGACUAGUGUACAAGAACUGCUUGGUAAUGUUACCGAAUACUUCACCAAUCGCCUGUACCCAGACCGAAGCGUAGAUGAAUCUCGCUUAACCAGGUACAAUGCUCUUAACACUGAUUGUUUUCCAUACGAUGACUUUCCUGAACUCUGGUACCUGUCCACGUUGGCGGUGCAUCCGGCGUCCCAACGACAGGGCAUUGGCCGCAGGCUUGUUGAAUGGGGUCUCGAGCGGGCCAAGUGGGACGGAGCUCCCGUUGGUCUUGAGGCUAGUGCCAAGGGGACCCGUCUCUACCGAUCUCUGGGAUUUAAGAUUGUCAAUGAAGUGCCAUUGGUGGAAGGAAUCGACCUGACGGCGAUGCUUUGGCAACCUUCCUCUGGAGGGCGAACCCCUAAGACAGAAAUAUAAUAUUCAGCGAAUAUACCAACCACUUUCCGUUAACUUGGUUGUGCUAUAUAUUGUGUAAAUACAUGGGGACACCUGAGGAUUCUGGAACAUAUUUUCGCGUUCUCCCCGUUUAAAUCGCUAGUAUAAGUCAUCAACAGGCAGGUUGAAUUGAGCUGAGAAAGUCUGUUUAUCAGACAACCAAAAAAAAAAGUCUCAACACAUGUGGAAAUUGACGAAUUGUUGACAACCAAGAAGACCAUUUAUCGCCAUGGGACUUAUUCCAGAGGUCACUAGUCGACUAUUUCUGCUAUGCCCGACUUUAGCCGCAGAAGGCUUUAGGUUCUUUCGAUGAAAUUUAGAUGUC